UGUUACAAGAUUGCCACAUAGUGAGGAACAUCAGUGUAGCAAAGGGAAGUUGCAAGUUUGGCUGUUAGAUUUCUGUAAAACUAAAAAUACUGAAUUGAACUGGGUUCUGAGUUUCCUUCUGCAAUUCUGGACUGCCUUAAAGCCAACUUUCUGUGAUUUCUUGAGUGUUCGGCCAAAGACGAGAUGUUUUCCACCAUCUGCCUGAAGAAUCAGACAUUCGUGUUUCCCUGGCUGGCCAGGAAAAAGUACAACACUCGCCACAAACUCAGCUGAACACUCUCACCACCCCUUCCACCAGAGGUUGGACUCUUCUAUUUUCGCAAUAAUAACAUAUCUUCGUCGCCAUGACGAAAUCGUACAGUUUAAAGGUCGCAAACGCUCGCUUGGGCGGUUUCCCGCGACUCCUACUUCGCUGGAAAGCGAGCAUCUACAAACUCCUAUACAAGGAGAUGGCCAUAUUCAUCACUUUGUACGUGGCACUCAGUAUUAUGUACCGUUUUGCGCUCAAGCCGCCCCAGAAGCGAACAUUUGAGAAGAUCGCGAUGUACUGUCACCAGUACUCGGAUCUGAUUCCGGUAUCGUUCCUUCUCGGUUUCUACGUGUCGAUUAUCUACGCGCGGUGGUGGAACCAGUAUCUGUCGCUGCCGUGGCCGGACAGGCUGGCGUCUCUGAUUGGCUGCGUUGUUCACGGCGCGGACGAGCGGGGACGCCUGAUUCGCCGGACGAUGGUGAGGUACCUGAACCUGAGCGCUGUGAUGGUGAUGAGGGGCGUGUCAACACUGGUGUACAAACGGUUUCCCACCAUGACGCACAUCAUAGACGCAGGUUUCAUGACCAUCGCAGAGUGGAAGGAGUACGAGUCGCUGGAGUCCCACCACAGCAAGUUCUGGGUUCCGAUCAACUGGUUCUGUAACCUGGCCAGCGAGGCCAGGCAGGAGGGGCGCAUCCGCGACGACUUCGCCUUCAAGGCUCUCAUGGAGGAGAUUAACGUGUACCGAGGCUGUCUGGGGAUGAUCUACAGCUACGACUGGAUCAGUGUGCCUCUGGUCUAUACUCAGGUAGUAACAGUUGCUGUGUACACGUUCCUGCUAUCCUGCCUGAUGGGGCGGCAGUACCUGGACCCAGCCCAGGGGUACGAGGGGCAUGAGGUCGACCUCUACGUCCCAGCAUUCACCCUGCUGCAGUUCUUCUUCUACAUGGGAUGGCUCAAGGUUGCUGAGCAGCUGAUCAACCCAUUCGGGGAGGACGAUGAUGAUUUUGACAGUAACUGGUGCAUCGACAGGAACCUACAGAUCUCGUACCUGGCGGUGGAUGACAUGUACCUGUGCCAUCCGCCCCUGGAGAAGGAUAUUUACUGGAACCAGCCUGACCCGGACCUGCCCUACACACAGGCGGCUCUCAGCAGCAGGACUACACCUUUCCUCGGAUCCACCUUCGAACUCAGACUGAACAAAGACGACAUGGAGUUCACGCACCUCCCCACGGUGGAGGAGAACACCAGCAGCCAGGACAGUCCUCCUAAGUACACCUCCAAGUUCCGUAACCACGCGCUCUCUCACGCCAGCUCAACCUUCUCCCUGAAAAGCUCCGCUCCGGGAACCCCCGGGCAGCCUUUCUCCGCUCCUCCGGGGAUGAAGCGUAUGGACAGCAUCAUUACCCCCUGCUCUACCGCAACCAACAGCCUGAAGCGCAACUUCUCGCUCCGCAAGCCGCCCCACCACGCCGACAGCUACACGGAGCUGCGAGCCAUGACAAAGAUGCACCGGGUGGACUCCCAGGACUCGCUGGUCCCUCCGGAGGACCACCCGACGGAGAGUGAGACCGGAGAGAAGGAGCUCGUCAGCCGGUCUCCUUCCGAUCCCGGAAACCCGUGUCUUAGCCUCAAUAACUGUCUUAAAGGAAAGAAGCUGCUGCAAGUCGGCGAUCAGGGCGAGCCACACGGGACGUCGGGCGUCCCCGCGUUCUUCAGCUCGACGCCGCUGCCGCGCAAGCAGCUGUCCCGUUCGGUGUCGGAACUCGCGGCGGACGGCGCGCUGCUUGGAAACAAGCUGGGAAACUUCCACGAGAGUCUGGACGAGGGCAUGUCCAGCAUGACCAAGCUGGGGCCUAACAAGGACCUGCUCUGCUCGUCAGACUAUUUCUCUAACGAGAAGCUGAGGGGGAACAAAUCCUCCGCCAGUCUCGCAGAGAAGGACAAACCUGAUUCCACGGACUCAACCAAAGAUGCCCACGACGGCAAACCGUCCCGGUUUACAGUGAGACGUCCGUCCGACACGCCGCCGCUGCGCCCCAAGGGCCUGACGGCGUUUCUGUACGAUGACGAUGAUGUAGAUGAAGGUCUGUACAGCGCCACCAACAGUGCCUACAGCACCGUGAACAGCGUGCACGACGUGGUCAGCAUAGAGGUGCACCCCGCCCUGCCGGAGUUGGAUGAUGCCGCGUCUGGCCAAGAGCUGCAGGACAACAACAACGCCGCUAGGGGGCAGGACGCGGCGCACCGGGAGGGGGUCGUGGUCACCAUCGAGGACGAGGAAAACGGCAACAACAGCCCUGAAGUAGAGGUGGAGCUGCCGCGGGUCACGACCAUGUGAAACUGUGCAAUUCGGACUAAAGAAGAAAACUUUACAAAACAUUCAAAAAUACUUAUGGUUGCAAUCACUGAAGUACAGGUGGAGCUGCCUCGAGUCACUUCCAUGUGAAACUUCUAUCUGAGCAAUUCGGACAAAAAAGGCAAACUUUAAAAUUCACACAAAUUCUUCUGGUUGCAAUCAUUGAAGUAGAGGUGGAACUGCCUCGAAUCACUUCCAUGUGAAACUUCUGUGCAAUUCGGACAA